CCUGGCCCGGAGCGCGCGUGGAGUUCGCAGCGCCGCGGAGGAGAGACGCGGGCCGCGCGCCAUGGCCGCCACGCUGCCGGAGGUCGUGCAGGAGCUCCUGAGCGAGAUGGCCGCCGCCGUGCGGGACGGCGCGACAAUUCCUGAUGAACACCUCUCAUCGCUGAAGUUUGUGUUUGGCUCGUCGGCUAUCCAGGCCUUGGACUUAGUUGAUCGAGAGUCUGUCACUUUAAUCUCAUCACCCAGUGGAAGGCGUGUUUACCAGGUGCUGGGGAGUUCCGGUAAAACAUACACAUGCCUGGCUUCCUGUCACUACUGCUCAUGCCCAGCGUUUGCCUUCUCAGUGCUAAGGAAGGGUGACAGUCUGCUGUGUAAGCAUCUCCUGGCAGUUUAUCUUAGUCAGGUUAUGAGAAACUGCCAGCAGCUCAGCGUGUCAGACAAGCAACUGACAGACCUGUUAUUGAUGGAGAAGAUACAAGAAGCAUGAAAGAUGCAGAUGGAAUAUUGUCUUUCCAGACAGAAGCCUAUCAGGAAAUUCGCUCAACAUCUCAUGGUUCACAAGGCGGAGGAGGAAUAAGAUACACUUUGGACUUGUCACUGUCACUUUGCCCUCAUAGGCUGCAGGAUGGGCUUUGGAUCGGCACUCUAGGCUGCAGAGGGCUCAUGAGUGGUUAAGAGCCCUCUAUGAUCUUACCACGAUCCAGCCUCCGAGGCCCACAGGUAAAAACGUCCCUGGGUACAAUUCAGUAUUGUUGACUCAAAUAAAGCCAUGCUGUGUCAGCACCUAGAUCAGAUUACUAAAGUGUUAGUAACUUUGUGAAGAUGGCAUGGUAGACCACACUGAGUAAGAGCAAGCUCAAAUGAGAAAAUCAGUCCUCAGUAAGGGACUAGAGCAGACCUAUGGCUAAAUAGCAGCAAGACUGAGAAGAUGGGGCUCUCCUGCUCAGACUGAGAAGAUGGGGCUCUCCUGCUCAGACUGGGAAGAUGAUGAUGCUCUCCUGUAAGCUCACCUGUGCUGGUGUCAGAGCAGCUUACAGGGCUGUACUGGGAGCAGUGCUGUGGAGAACAGGAGAGUGGGGUUUGCUCUGUGAGCAUUUCUAGGCUUCUAUAGCAGGAUAAGGAACAUAACUAAAGCCCAGAAGGGAACUAGAUCAUUCUAGGAAUUUCACAUGAGAAAGAAAAACAGAUUAGGUACCAGGAACAGUGUUGGAGAGAAGAGAUGAGAUGGACCCAGAGAAGAACGGACCAAUGAGAAGAUAACUCUGGAGAGGAGACAGAUUGUAGCCCAGGAAAAGGACUUAAGAGGUAAAGCCACCACAGCCACAGUGCCAGAGGUCGGGAAUUCCCCGUCUCUCUAAGUACUCACCCUUUAGGACCUGAAGAAGCAGACAAUUGGAACAGGUGACUUCACAGCCUAGAGACACCACUCCCUCACCCCCAAGCACGGUUGUGCCCCAAACACAAACUGUUAGUGAACAGCUGCUGAUAAAAAGCCAAAUACAAGCCAGGCGUUGGUGGCGCACGCCUUUAA